CGUCCUCUCGACUGCUGAAAGGAACAUCGCUGACACGAAGCCCGUCUCUGAUCAAACAAGCCACCUGCUUGUCAUCAGCCAGUGACCUCACACAGAGGAGAGACUACCGGGUCAUCUAUGGCGAUGUCAGCCAGCUACCCAACAAGGUUCGCCACUAUGUGGAUGAGAACGUUCGCCUCUGUAAGCCGGACACAGUUCACAUCUGCGAUGGUUCUGAUCGUGAGUACGAACUACUGACCUACAUUCUACAGAAGGAUGGCAUUCUGAAGAUGCUGCCCAAGUUUGAGAACUGUUGGCUGGCCAGAACCGACCCCGCCGAUGUUGCUCGCGUGGAGCGGCUAACCUAUAUUUCCACUGAGCUCCAGAGAGACACGGUUCCAACCCCGAAAUAUGGGGCUAAAAGCCAACUGGGCAACUGGAUGGCUCCAGAGGAUAUGGACAAUGAACUGAACAUGAGGUUUCCUGACUGCAUGAAAGGACGAACCAUGUUUGUGAUCCCAUUUAGCAUGGGCCCUGUUGGCUCUCCUCUCUCCAAAAUAGGCAUCCAGCUCACAGACUCCGCCUAUGUUGUUGCCAGUAUGCGAACUAUGACACGUAUGGGCAGCAAUGUUCUACAGACUUUGGGCAAUGACAACUUUGUCAAAUGUCUUCACUCUGUGGGCAGACCACUGCCACUAACCGCUCCCCUUCACAACAACUGGCCCUGCUACCCUAAGAUGACACUGAUUGCCCACCUCCCAGAGAGAAAUGAGAUCUGCUCUUUCGGCAGUGGCUAUGGAGGCAACUCUCUCCUGGGUAAGAAAUGCUUCGCUCUUCGUAUCGGCUCCAUCCUCGGACAUCGCGAAGGCUGGCUGGCCGAACACAUGCUGAUUCUGGGCAUUGAGAACAAGGAAACUGGCGUCAAGAAAUAUAUCGCUGCUGCAUUUCCCAGUGCUUGUGGGAAAACCAAUCUGGCAAUGCUGCAACCUUCCCUGAGCAAGUACAAGGUCACUUGUGUGGGUGAUGACAUCGCAUGGAUGAGGUUUGAUCAGAGAGGUCGUCUCCGUGCAAUCAAUCCAGAAGCUGGCUUCUUUGGUGUGGCUCCAGAGUGGUGCUUACAACCAGAAUGGAAGCAUCAUUACCAGUUCCUUAAUCCAAAUGGCAGGGUUUUUUUGUUCUGUGUACCAGCUUCUCAAUGUCCAAUCAUGGACCCGGCUUGGGAGGAUCCUGAGGGAGUACCCAUUGAUGCACUUAUUUUUGGAGGUCGCCGACCCUCUGGAGUACCUCUUGUGUUUGAGGCAUUUGACUGGCAGCAUGGAGUCUUCAUUGGGGCAUCCAUGAGAUCUGAGUCAACUGCAGCUGCCGAACAUAAAACCAAGCAGAUCAUGCACGACCCAUUCGCCAUGCGGCCAUUCUUCGGCUACAACUUUGGCGACUACCUGAAGCACUGGUUGAGUUUUGGGAAGCAGGACAAUUUGGUGCUGCCAAAGAUCUUCCAUGUGAACUGGUUUAGAAAGGGGCCGAACAACAACUUCCUGUGGCCAGGUUUUGGAGAAAAUUCUAGAGUUCUAGACUGGGUUUUCCGCAGGUGUGACAAUGAAGACAUUGCCAGGAAAUCAGCAAUCGGUUUGCUGCCCAAAUUUGACUCUUUGAACUUGGAGGGGCUACCAGAACAAGUUGAUCUGGAAGCACUCUUCACUCUGCCCAGAGACUUCUGGGAAAAUGAGGUCAAUGCCAUUUAUAAAUAUUUUGAUGAGCAGGUCAAUGAAGACCUUCCCCAAGAGGUCAUGGAUGAACUUCGAAGUUUGGAACAGAGAAUUCAGAGUGAGUUGUGA